UUCGAUAAACAGAUCUCAGAUCGCCACUCUACUUUUCUUCUGAUUCAAUUCAAUCAAUACGUUUUAUCAGAAUUUUAUUUACCAUAUUUAUUACAACGGGAAUAAAUAAGAUUUACAACUACUACGUAAACAUUCAUUGUGAUCAAUGUUAGUUAGAACUCAAAUAUUAAACCAUCUCCUGUAUAACAUUACCGAAUUAUUACGAAAAACGUGAUAUUUAUUAAAAAUGAAUUAUGAGACAAACAGACUCAAUACGUUCACAAACUGGCCUGCUUUGGCUCCAGUGGAUCCCAUCAGAAUAGCGAAGGCUGGUUUUUUCUACACUGGCCAAGGAAUGGAAGUGCAAUGUUUUAGUUGUGGUGGUAAAAUUUCCGAGUGGAAUUACGGAGAUCAAGUUAUGUGGCGACAUCGUAGGAUGGAACCAAAUUGUACGUUUGUUGUGAAUUCACAACUAUCGGGUAAUGUACCGAUGGUAUUAGGCCCUGAAUGUCCUUCGACGGAUGAGCUAGCCAGGUCUUGGUCGACUACAGAUGAUCAAAGUGAUUUAGUUGAAUCUACUGGAGACUAUGGUGUUACUGAAGAAGAUGAAAUGUAUAGGAGCGAAGCUUUGCGACUUCUUUCAUUUAGUCAUUGGGAGGAUGAUUCUGUAUCUCGUGAAGCUCUCGUAAGUGCUGGUUUCUAUCACAUAGGCGGUGGACGUCUACGAUGCGCAUGGUGUGGGGGAGAGUUAGCUCCAUUCAGACGAUUCGGAUCAUUGGGUCGGCCACUUGAAGUCCAUAGAAUGUACUUCCCCCGAUGCGCCCACGCUGCUGCACUUGAAUCGGCACAACAGCCCUUUACUUUACCGACAGUUAUGUCGUCACCGUCAAACACGCCCCCAAUACAGUCACCACCAGAGACAGGCAAUGAUUCACAAUCACAGUCUGCGGGAGCUGCCCACAACGAGCGACUCCUGAACAUGGGCGGUACUUGGCGUACGUUAGGUGUUGUCAGCGGCGGAGCUAGAUACCCUCAAUACGCGUCACUGGCGUCACGACUGGCGACCUUCGACUCUUGGCCAACCGACAAACAGCAAACGCCUAAAGAUCUAUCAGAAGCAGGAUUCUUUCACACCGGAACUGAUGAUCAGGUUCGCUGUUUCUACUGUGACGGUGGGCUCGGCAAGUGGGAGGCUGGCGACGCGCCGUGGACGGAGCACGCGCGCUGGUUCCCGCACUGCGGGUACGUGCUGCUCCUCAAGGGAAACGAAUUCGUCGAUGAGUGCCGAAACGACAAUAAUCGGAGAAAUAAUUCACGAGAAACUGGUGUUAGUUCGAGACGAAGAAAUCCGGGCGUCAACUACCCGGUGACCGAGAUUGAAGUCGAGGAGUGCAUGGAGAGUCCAAUAACGUUGGCGGCGCUGGGGGCGGGGCUCGACGUCGCGAGGGUGCGCCGAGCUAUCCUGCAACGAUUGAGAUCAACAGGUACACCGUUCCAGACUUCAGAGGCACUGAUUGAUUCCGUACUAGACGCGCAACUAAACGAGGAAGCUUGGAGUACUAAUUCGCAGUCCCAAAGCCUUUCGAGGCAUUUGGCUGAAACGCUCAGAGGAAUGGAUUCAAUACCAGGUAUAGCACCGCAGUCGUGGGACAACAACCCGGAUAGAGGCAGAUCGCAAAGAGACGGUAUAUCUCCGUCGCUUACUGAAAUCGAAUCGAGGCGGUCUACCAGCCAACCGCGAACAUUGCCACCGCGCAGGAACGUAUCUGUUAUCGAUGACGACAGAACUGAGCCUCUGCAUAAAGAGGAAAGCUUAACGUUGGAAGAAGAGAAUAGACAGCUCAGAGAGGCAAGGCUGUGUAAAGUUUGUAUGGAUAACGAGGUGAGCGUGGUGUUCCUGCCGUGCGGGCACCUGGUGUCGUGCGCGAGGUGCGGCGCGGCGCUGAGCGCGUGCCCGCUGUGCCGCGGCGCCGUGCGCGCGCUCGUGCGUGCCUACCUCGCCUGACACGGUCAAACCAUCACGCUACCUGUGGACCGGCAUCGCAACUAGUGACUGUAACAGUGAAACGUAUUGUUUCUUUUUACGUGAUUUAAGUGAAAAUUAAUUAUAAAUUAUUUAUCAUGUGAGUAUAAUUUGUUCUGUCUUUAUAUGUUGCUACUAUAACAAUACGAAUGAAAGGAAGAAAAAUGUAAAUCGGGAAAGUAAUCUUUUGAAAUUCACCAUUUAAUUAUUAAUUGACGCUGGAAACGGAAUAAUGAUGAUAAAAGGUAAAGCCUUCUUUAAAAUAAUUUUAAUAGUCUCAAGUGAAUGAAAAAACAUUAGAUUGUUUAUGAAAUUUUACUCUUGAUCCGUUACGUGACGGAAUUCCUCAAGCGCCUACGCGUUGAUUAAAAUCGAACAAUUAAUAAAAUUUAUUAAAGAGAUUUCGUCUCAUUUAUUUUAAUGCUUAAUAAGUUUAUGAUUAUGCACUUACUGCAUGAUAUAAUUAUUUCUAAUCAUUGGAUACGAAUUAGAGCGAUGAACCGUACAUUAUGAAUGUUUGAAUUAGUGAUGAAAAAAAAUUUACGAUGAAUCAGAUGAUCGUGGCACAACCCUUAUAAUUAGCGUUGCCAGAUUUUUUUUAGCCCAUAAGAGGCAAAUGCUUAAAUAGGCAGAAAACUACGAGAAUUUAGUUUUUUACCCGGGUAAAAAAAAAACUAAAUUAUAUAGUGACAUUUUUUUUUUCUUAUAUUUCUCCGAGGAGCAUGUCAGUUUUAACAUAUUUUUAUCGGUUUUAACAUAUUUAUAAAAAUCAAUACAAUUAUAACCAUACGGUUGAAAUACAGGACAGAGUCAGUCCCGCCGGGACAUUUUGAAUUAAGCCUAAAAUACGGGACGUCUAGGGAAAUGUGGAACGUCUGGCAACCCUACUUAUAACCCAAGUACACUUUCUGUAGAAUUAACAUAAGUCUGUUUAUUUUUUAGAAAAAUAGAUAAGUAGAGAAAAUCACUGUCAACAUAAUAUCUCUGUAUGUAUCUGUGUAUAUUUCAAUGCAAAGAAUCAAAUCUAAAAAUCCGUUCUAAUAAGAAUUUUAACUACCCAUGCAACUAUAUAGUAUGUAUUAGUUACAUAAUAAUUAAUUGAGUUUACUUAAAGUAAAUCAUUUAAAUUUUGGUGUUGUUUAAAUCUUAUCAUUUAAUUUGGAAAACUAAUUGUAUAUUAAAAAAAUACGUAAACAAAUAUAUUUUGUGAGUAUAUUCAAACAUUAUUGAAAUAGGAAAUUAUCUAUUUAACGUUUGAAAUUAAAAAUUACAAAUAUUUAGAGAAAAGAAAAGAAAAAAUGUUUUGAAUAUUAAAUAUUUGUAGACAUUUCGCUUAGCAUUCAAUCUUACUCGUCUAGUACUAGAAUUCAAACUGUGGGCUGAGUAGUACUUACAAACUCUAGUCUCAACGUCACAUGUUAUAGAUAAUUUAAUAUGGAAUUAAAGAUAAAUCGUUAGUUCCACGUCGAGACAUUGACAUUCACUCAGACAGAGAGCAGUCUGACAAUUGAAGACAUGAGUGGAUGAAGGGGAUAUGAUACAAAUUGUUAAUUUUGAGAAAACGGGUAACAAACUUUUGUUACUUGUACUUUUUCUUCGUACAUAACACCUUCAUGACAUGCAAUUUCUAAACAUAGCCUUUAAACCCGGAGUUUUAAGGUUUAAUAUGGUUUAUAGGCACAUACACCUUCAUUCAGUGUAAAAACUCAAAAAUCUUAAAAAUGGUACGUUAUCCCUUCCUCUACUCAUGUCUUCAAUUAUUGUUGAUCAAAAAAGUUAUGCUUUGUUUACGUUAUGCAAAAGGUUUUUCUAGUAGUAAGCCUUAAAACUAUAAUAGAUUUUAGAUUGUUAGAUCACACAUACAACGCAUUGAUAUUGUAGUGAAUUGAUUGAAUAGUCUUUUAGAUAAUGUUUCCGGUAACUAAUAGUUAAACUUAGUGAAAAAUUAUGUAUAAUAAGUUACGGCGGAUGCGUUGAGAAGAAAAAAAAAUGUUUUAAAUUGAUUUUGUAGUUACAUUUGUAUGAACUUUUUGUUCCAAUUUAUGUCGAAGUAAGUUCAGUUGAUAUUUGAAUUUCGUUGAACGUAUUGAUGAUUUUUAAUUUAAUUAAAUCAAAUUAAUAUUAUAUAUUUUAAGUAUAUAUAUAUUAUUAUAUUAGGUAAUUUAAUUUAAUGUAAACUUGCCUUUCCUUUUCUUUUAAUAUUAAUAGUGCAAUAAAUUGUUUAAAUGAUCUGAAGCGAUGACACGAUCAUGGACGCGGUGCUCGCACAAAGUGACAGAUUUUACGUCUUAAUGCGUAUAGUCUAUAAGCGUUGUUCGCGUUUGUACCCAUUUAAUAUACAUUGACUUCUCUCACUGAUACUAUACGAACUAGUUUUCUUCCAAUUUCGUUUCCAUCACAAACAUAUCAUGGAAGAUAGAGAUUGAGCGACCAAUUUAUUUCGAAAUUAAAUAUAAAAAAGUAUAUAUUUGCAAACGCUAAAGGCAACGUUUGUAGUUUUCGAACUGCCUAUUUACGGUAAACGGCUGUGCUGAUAUAUUGAAUUAAACUUAGGACGUAAAUUGUUAAAAAUUUGAAAGAAAUCAAAAGCCUUAAAAUUCGAUAAGAAAACGAUGGAAAGAUCAUCGGGAACUGUUCGUUAUAAGUCGUAACUUUUAAAUUAUGACUACAAUAAAGACAACUUAUCGUAAUACUGUCGAGACUUUGGUCAACAGCAAAACGAAAAAAAAACGACACAUCGGAGAAGUUAAAUUUGAAUGUUUAAAUAGUUUGAGUGCGAAGAAACUGCCGCAUUGUCAUUGUCAAAUAGCACCUCUAGUACUUUCGGAGUGAAGCAAGAAUACAUACAGCACGUACAGACGCGAAUCCAAUACGAUCUAAAAUAGUGUAAGCGCCUUUAUCGAAGAUAGCGGGAAUUGUUGUGGAAAAAUGUUGUUAAUGUUAUUUUUAGAUUGUAAUUGGUAUUUGAAACGAUAUUGAAGUGGGGAAUUACAUGGUUUAUAACCACGAAUAA